AUGCGGAUCCAGUCCAUCCAUUCUCUUCCCACUGAAUUAACCCUUGAUAUAGUCAAUCGGUUACACGCAAAGGAUGUCUUGAGGUUUUCUAUGACUUGCAAGCGCUUCCACAACCUCGUCACCACCUCCUCCUUACUACAAUAUCACCUCGACCUCUUUGCAUUUGGUCUUGCCGACAAUCAGUAUUCGAACCUCCCAUCUCGUCCUAUUUCCGACCGUCACAACCGGCUCCUCGAACUUCAAGCAUCCUGGCGUACCUUAUCGUGGAAACGCACUUUCGAGCUCACAAACUUUAACAGUGAACUUGAUCAUGACCUUCCCGAGGUCUACCAGGGCGUCAUGAUCUGUCCGGAUUGGGAAAUGAAACCCGUCGUGUGCCAUCUUCCCACCUACGCAGAGCCGGAACACAGCCGGGUCAUACAUGUAUCUGCCGCAAACAACAAUGUCAAAGUCUACGGUAACGCUUACGCCAUCGACCCAACCCUAAACCUGUUCGCUUUCCUCGCAGUGCAUGCCGAUACGCCGGAUGAACGCGUCGGCCGCAUUCACUUGCGUAGUUUAUCUUCUUGCAGCGCAAAUGCCAAUGAUGUCGGUAGUGAGUGGGUGGCGCAUCCAGAUGCUGCCGUUGCAUUCCUCGAAUGUGUGGAAGAUCUGGACAGUCCGGGCGGUUCCAACGCUUGGGACCUGGAGGACCCUGAUAUCUUCGUUGUUGAUGAUCUUCUUGCGUUUUGGAAGCCGAAGAAGAAGCAUUUAGUAGGCUGGAAGUGGCAGAGCGGCGUCAAGAUUCUCGAUACACAUCUCGGGUUUGACAACACAGACACACAUACCUCAACUAUCACAUUCCUCGAUGCACGCUGCUUCAUAGCCUCGAACCUCAGCGGGUCAGGAUCCCUGGACUUGUACACGUUCUCGAAAGAAAAUUGCGCUUUUCCUAGGGCAGGGGACGGUGUGACGGGCAACAAUUUAGAUGGUGCAGAUUCAAAGGGAGCAGUUCGUAGAGCUGCCUCCUUCCAUUUGCCAUCAGUGCACACCGAUGUUCACAUCAUCAACAUAACCAUUUCAGGGUAUCCUGCCUCUUCGCCAGAAAAUCUCAGCGUCUCAAGCAUCACCUCGCCCUUUAUCCUCACAUCAGACGCCCAUCUAUACGUUCUCGGGGUUUGGUACCAGGUCGGGAAGAGGGGGUCGAACUCAUUAAAUAAUGUGGGAAUUAUGGGUACUAAGCCGGUGUUCCAGUGUCGGCUGGUCAUCCACGCACAUGAACUGUUCGAACGCCUCCACUCCAAGGGCGUUCACGCUACUGCCGACAGGGACACCCACCGGUCUCCAGAUCCCGACAGGAGACAUACAACGACGGGUUCGAACCUGGACGCUGUCGAAUUUUCAUGGAGCGAGUGGGGUCCGAAGAGUACGAGAUUGUUCCAUGACGGGCUAGAUGGCAUUCCUGUGGAAAGCACGAGCUCGGACGUGACUGCCUUGAACCCACUCACGAUUAGUGACUCCGAGCUCUGCUCAAUCCACGGUCAACGAAUUUCCCUCACUUCCCCAAUGCUCCUGACAGACCACGACCUCUAUAAUUGGCAUGUCCUCGAGUUCGGACAUCAUCUCAAACGCUUGGACGAGAUGCAUUCAGGGCAUCCCAAUAUCGCUACCACAGCCAAUCUUGACAAUCAUCAGGAAGAGGACCACGACUCACGAGUUCCUAAUCAGACAAUCACCAACAAAUCAAUCCGCAUCGUUUUGACACCCUCCAUCUUUCCGAGGCAUAGGAAUAUCGACUUGUUCCAGGAGGACGUGAUCACAAUGCUACCAUAUCGCGAGGUCAAGAUGGACAACAUGCGUGCCGACUUGUGUUUCAUCGAUCAUGAGAGGAUAGUCACUGCGCAUGUAGAUGAUGAUCCAACGACAGGGGAGCAGGUCAUGCGCUGGCAGACAAUGCUGUUGUAA